AUAUGUGUCCCGUGCGGCAUUCCUUCCUCUAUUGUUACAUUGUAACAAACCGGGGCAGAAGAGAGGCCCAUAGGGUCCUCGGGCCGACAGAUACUACACAUCAUUUUUGUUUUUUUUUCUUUCCUUCGGGGUGGAAAUAUAACGUUGCGAUUUGUCUAAACAUAGCGCAGAACACAACCACCUAUCCGGAGGAAAAAAACCCUGAAGGCUCGGCUCUAUUUGUUCUUUUUGAAUGCAGGCAUUUUAAAGGAUCAACUAAAGAUUUUAUCUGCACUUAUUGGAUGCAUCUGCGCCGGGAUUUUUAAUUUUCAAUGAAUAAGGUCCUUGUCUGCCUUCGUCUGCCCCGUUUUAAUUUUUACAGAGCUUGACUGCAACGUUGAGUGCUCGCAUAGCCUUCUUGAUACACAAAACCCCCAUUUGUAGUUUAUGUCAAGACUAAUAUCCAUUGUUUACGAUGCUUAAAUGCUCGGACAUCACUGUAUCUUCGUGAAUAAACUGCUAUUUCCUUUUGGUCUGGCCAUUUCGAUGGGCUGAAGUCGCUUUUGUCUGUCAUCUUGUAACCUUGUGGAAGUCUAAAGCCGAAAUAGGUUCAAAAUCCCCAAAGAAAAGAAUCAUCCAAAUAAAGGAAGCACGAAUCGAGCGACAGCUUCGCCGGUUUAAAGGCUCUCUAUUUCUGCCCAAGACGCAGUGUUUCCAUGGAGACAGUGUCAUCUCGUGGCCUGAAGCGCAGAUUCGAGGAGGUGGACAGCGGCUCGCCGUGUUCCACACCCAAAGAUUCGGAUGAUGACAUCUCUAGCAGUGACAGCGCUGAUAGCUGCGACAGUCUCAAUGCUCCCUCCAGCUCUCUCACACCCCCCUCCAUUCUCAGAAGACACAAAGCAUCUUUAGGUCGUAAGCAGGUACGCUUUGACGCGGUGACAGUCUAUUACUUCUCCAGAAGGCAGGGCUUUACCAGUGUGCCCAGUCAGGGUGGCAGCUCCCUAGGCAUGGCACGCCAUCACUGUGCUAUACGACAUUACACCCUUGGCGAGUUUGCACGAGAACAAGAGAGCAGUCACAAGCAUGUGCUUCGUCAACACCUACGUCAAGAAAAGCUCAAUGCUCGCAAAUUAAAGCUGACACGGAAUGGAACUGUGGAUUGUCCUGAAGCAGAGUUGCUUACCCUAGAUGACAUAUCAGAUGAGGAUCUGGAUGUUGAGAGUGUAGAAGUGGAUGAUUGCUUCUUCUUGCAGCCUCUUCCAACCAAGAGGCGUCGGGCACUACUGAGGGCUUCAGGUAUUGCCCGCAUAGAUGCCAGAGAGAAGGCUGAGUUACGUGCCAUACGUUUGUCCAGGGAGGAGUGUGGCUGUGACUGCCGCUUCUACUGUGACCCUCGGCACUGUGGCUGUAGCCAAGCUGGAAUAAAGUGCCAGGUGGACCGGAUGUCCUUCCCAUGUGGCUGCACCCGUGAUGGUUGUGGUAAUACAGCUGGCCGCAUUGAGUUCAACCCUCUUCGUGUGCGUACUCACUAUCUUCACACUAUCAUGAAACUUGACCUGGAAAAGAGAAGCCUGUUGGGUGUAAGGUCUGGAGAGGAUUGUGGAGAAGAGACAGAAUUAGUCUCUUCUCCAUCUCUGUCUCUUUCUCCCUUGGACUCAGAUGUAGAGGUGGAAAGCCAGUGUGUUCAGGAGCUGCAAGAGGAGCAGUGCGACAGCCUGGAACGUGAGAACGAAACAGCCGUGCUUCACCUACAAAGUGCAGAGGAACGGGAAAGGAGACUGGAACAAGAAGAGCAGCAGGUCGAGGAGGCGCAAACCACUGACCCAACCCUUUGCCUCCUGCAGGGUGCCCUCACCGGCCAAGCAGGGAUGGAGGGCAUGGAAGGUGUUGAGGGAGUCCUUCUAGAAGGGCCUUUUCCUGAAGGUACCACCUUUCUGUGUAUUACAGAGAACCAUGCAGAUGAACAGACCGAACAGAGGCUGCUGAAAGACCCUGCUUCUGUCCUCUAUUAUCAGGUAGAUCAUGUAGAGACAGCAGCCUUUGAGACACUUCCUGCGCAAGUAGAGGAAGUGGUGAGUGAAGGUGGGGAUCCAGAUAAGGAGAGCGACCGGCAAAAACAAGAAACCUGCGGGCAGGAUUCGGCCAAGAGCUUGUCUGUCGAAGUACCUCCACCUCUCAAGGAUGGGGAAGAAGAACAUCUUUGUCCAGAACAGGCCUCAAAUGAUGGGGGAUGCCUCGAGACGUGCCUGGCACUGGAUGAAAAGGCAGUACAACUUCCUCCAGAAGUGUAGAGCCUAUCACCUUUGCAGAUGUUUUGCACAAGUUAGUCAUUAAAUUCAAAGAGAGCCUACUCCACACAGUGCGAUGUUACAAGACUGCAUAAUGUUAUUAAAUGUUAAAGAAACAAGUUACCUUCAUGGGUUUGUAUCCAAUUUAGCUGGAGAUAAGCAUGUACUGUGUUUGAAGUAGGUUGUCCGUGGUAAAAUAAGUUAUUAAAAAGAAAAAAAUAGAAUAAUUUAUGAAAAAAAAAAUGAAAAAAGAAACUGAAGAAAAGCAGAGAUCCUGAUCUGACAACAAGUGUUUGUUUUUCCAGUAUGGUAUCAGUUUAUUACUUGAUACUAGUGGGGAAAAAGUGGCCUUUAUGUCGAGGAGCAAGCAUUUUCAGGAUUAUUCAGCGCCUUUGUAUGGCCUUUACAGUGUGUAGAGUUUCCGAUACUGCACCCCAGCAACUAAUUGGCACUGUCAGAAAGGUAUAUGUUAAUGCUAUGUUAAUGUCUUGUUGGAAUUACCACAAUUUUAAGAUCACAACUCUUAGCUGUUCAUAUUCUCAGUUUUUAUGACAAAGUUCAUAACAUCAAAAUGUAUCUAUGGACAGCUUUGUUGCUUACUGCAAAAAAAAAAAAUAUCCUCAUUAACCUUGAAAUGGAGCUUUUAUAAAAUUAAGUAGUUCUGAAGUUAGAAUUACAAACGUUUCCGAAGGCCUUGAAUGGUUUCUAACACUCUGAACCCUGUAAUUAUGGUAAUUCUUCCAGGGCAUGAAUGCAACAUUAGUAAUAUGCAUAUGGAUAAUGCUAACUCAGUGCUAACGAUAAGAGAAGGGGUUGCUAAUCUUAGAAGAGGGUGUUGUUUGUAGCAUCCUUCCUGUGAAUAGACCCAACAAUCCUGGAAAUACUUGGUUUUCAUGUACUGUAAUAGUGUUUUGCUAAGAGCUAGCAUGAAGAUGAGUGAAAAAGCUGCUUGUUCUCUGUAUGCACGCUGAAAACUUGAUUCGUUUGAACUUGCUGAGUGGGGAUCAGGAGGAUGAAUGAAUGUGCAAGCCAUUUGCACAGCAGUUCUUUACUGAUUUAUCGUAGUCUUGACCUGACACCGUUUGAAGCUGUAGCCUACCGUCCCAGUUUGUGGACGUUUAUUUAUUUACCACCGCUUUGUAUUGUUAGGGCGAGGACAAUGUGUGUGAGUAUUGUCAUCUACAAUCAUUAAUUUUUUUUUGUUUUUUAGGUGUGUUUUAAUUUUUAAGGAGUGAGUUCAUACAUUAAUUGCACAUCAAGCCUUUAAAGAUUACGGACAUUUUAUAGGUGAAUCUCAUGAAAACAUGUCUAGGUCACAUUUCAAAAGGAAAAAAAGAAGAAAGAAAUAGCAUUUUACUUCACAUUUUACAAUUUUUUUUACAAUUUUACUGGCGUAUUCUUCACAUAUUUUUGACACUGACACUAUAUAUA